AUGGGACUUCUGAGCACUGUGGCAAUGUACCUGGCAAUUGCUGUCUUGAUUUCGACCUACAAAAGUCUUCCCGGUGCUUACUUUGUUCGUUUUUAUGCUCGAGUCUUCCAAAAUCUAAUCAAACCCCUGAUCUUGGGCAAGGAUACAGACACAAUUCGGAAGCUACAGAAAGACAAAUAUGGUUGCUUCUCCUACACGAAAUUGAGCACCUUUGCAUCUUUGUUCGAAUGUGAUUUCUACCUGCACAAGAGUAACAGCACAUACUUUGAAGAGCUAGACGUUUCUAGAACGGACCUGAUGACGAAAAUCUUUCAAAAACUGUUUCUCACUUCUAAAUACUAUCCAUUCGUUCCGGUGGCGAACGUAUUCACCGCCUUCAUCAAAGAGAUCAAACCAUUUCAAGCGUACCAAGUUCGCAGCAGUGUUUUCUGUUGGGACGAAAAAUGGAUAUACGUGUUGAGUCGCUUCAUGAUAAAAGACGGGACUCAACUCGCGGCACUCUCAAUCACAAAGUAUGUUUUGAAAGAUGGAAGAAAAACCAUACCACCUCAAACUGCUUUGGAAAUAUGUGGCUUGUACAACGAUGAUGUUCAACAUAUUUCGCAACGUAACAUGAAAAUACUAUCUCACGAGUGUGGCUUCCAUGAAGUAGAUCCACUCGUGAAAAUAGAGCACGAAUACAGCCAGAUCUGA